UUUGAAUAGUAGAAGUUUUUUAGUUUCAUUAGAAAUCAUAGAAGGGUUAUUGGGUAGAGAAUCUUCUGCAAUAUUAGAUGAUUUUAGAAAUAUUGAAGUUGUUGAGUUGAGUGAAGUUGCUAUUAA